CCACAACCACCUGACGAGGGACUUAAAGUGCUACUUAAAAAUUCCACUCCGGCGCAUGCUGCUGCUAGCUAGCAGGCGGUUUUAAGAAAUAAUGCUGAACAGAUCUGUGAACUCAACUUUUUGUGUCUCGAUUUUCUUUAAACACAAUGCAGGCCAAGGGAUUUGCUGUAGUCCACCACCAGUAAAGGUAACGGUACGUUAUCUUAGGUAGGUAGCCUAGUAGCAAACUUAACGCUAACUAGUUAUGUUACGGACAACUAGCUAGCUUGCUAACGAUUGGUUAGCAGUUGCUAACCGCAUUAACCUAGUUAGCAAAAUACAAUAAAAAGUUAAAUCUAAAUAGCUAACGUUAGAUACAUCGCCAAAUACGAUUUAGGCGUUUGUUGCCAUUUAGCUAGCUAGCUAGCUCGUUAGCUAGCUAGGAAGUUGGCUGGCUAGCAGCUAGCUAGCUAGGAAGUUGACUGGCUAGCUUGGUUUGAUCAGUUGUAUGGUAAUUUUUAUAGCCCAUGCAUGUAUUGGAAAGACACGGGUAGUCGCAAAUUGGUGAAUUAUAUAUUUUUAGGAGUCUGACAGGGAGUAUGAUUCCCGGGGGGGUCUGAAAUAGAAUUUACAGUGUUUAUCAAUAUUAAAUAAAUGACAAAUUGCUGCUGGUGACUGGUUGUACCGUAAAGUGACGUUGACAUUCCUUUUUUUUUAAUAAGUUGUAAUGUCAGAUAUCUAACAAUCGACUGUUCUCAGUUUAGAGAUUGUCAUUUUUGACGAGUUUGUUUUUGUAGUUUAUUGGUGCAAAAUGGAUGUUAAGAUGGAGGACGAUGAAGCAGAGAGUUCCCAAGUAACCAUUUGGUCUGAUUCAAUUAAUGCCUGCAUAGAUUACCCACAUUCUCCAGUGUCAGGAAACACAGAAACAAGUUAUCUGGAAACCAAAACCAAUUCAACAUAUAAACAUGACUAUACAGUGAUCCAAACUACCAACAAUUUAUCAGACAGUUAUUUUCCUUCUGAGAUUGAUGUAAAGCUUGAGGAGAAUGACAUGGGAAUAACCCCAACUGUCCCAUGGUCUUCAUGUUCCUAUGUGGGUUUACCAAAAGAGCAUUCACAUGUACCUUCCAUCAGUUCCCAAACAACAAGUCAAGGGCAGAUUUUACGUCUUUUCCCUGAAAAGACAGGCACAAGUGAUGGGGAGAAUAACGCUGUCAAAGUGGUUUAUUUCUGUAAUGCCCAAGAUCCCGUUAGUACAUCUGAAGGGCAUUUUCUCAAAGAGGAGUCAUGGCAUGGAUCACCGUCCAGUGAUAUUCCCAUAGCAAAUGCAUUCACCCUAUGUGGUUCAUUUGAAGCUCAAAUCAACCCAUCUUCACAGGUGUUUAGCGUAAACCAAACCCAGACCAAUAAUGAAUUGCCAUUGCCUGCUGAAAAUGUUCAUCUAGCAAGAUAUAGUACUGACAUUACUUCUGUGCUAACCUCGCCUGCUACAGAAAGCGGAUGUAAUUUAGCUGUAUCUACUAGAUCGAGGCCUAUUCUUUCUGACUACUGUGAGCCAUUCAACUUUCCUUCUGAUGAAGACGAAGACUACAAUGGCGAUGGAAGACGAAGACUUCAAUGCCAAAAAACAGUAGAGGAUGAGUAUAUACGGCAGUGUCGUGUCAGUUACUCAAGAAAAACCCCAAGACAUUUUGGAACGUAUUGGAAAGCUCCAUACAAGAAGUGCAAGGAAAUGGGUGUAGUUUUCAAUGUUGGAUCUGGAGUGAAACAGAAACUUGAUCGUCAUUUACUGACAAAUGGUGUAAUGGUUGAGGUGUCUGAAUAUGCUAAAGAGAUUAAAAGAGCUCACCGGCAUGUUAUCUAUGAUAUUCUAGAAUACAACUUUGAUCUUGGUGUUGGUAGUGAAUUACAAUUUGAUUUUGGCAGCCGGAUUAUGUUAAAACUAAAAGAAAUGAUGAAAAAGAAGUACAAGAGGACACAACCUGGAUGGUUAGCAGAAGUGUUUGAACUUCCUGAUCCAAAGACAAUGAAAGCAACUAACUACUCUCGUCAAUGGGCAAGGUCCAAUUUGCAUAACAGCGUCUCAAAAAAUCUAACACCCUUUGACAUCUGUAUAAAGGAGGAGCCUGUUGUGGACCUGAUAUCUCCUCCGCAUGUGAAGACUGAAAGCCUCUUUACUGAGACAGUUUUAACACGGUGUGCGGAUGAGACCGCACUCUUUGGUCCUGAAAAUGGACCUCAUGAAAUAUGCACAAAGGAUGAGGCUGAUCUGGCUGUGAUCUAUCCUCAACAUGUCCAGACAGAAAGCGUCUUCACUCAGACAGACAUAACAAUGGAGGAAUCCUUAAUGAUGCCCACAUUAGAAGAAGCAUUGGAGUACCUCUACCCUCUCUGUAAGGAAAAAGGACUUGACCUGGAUGUGAAAUCUAAAUGUGUGAAAAAGGAGAAACUUGACUUGCAUCUAUUGACCAGAGAUGUAAUGUUUGAAGUGGCUGAUUUUGCUUCAGACGUGUGUGGAAAUUGCAGGCAGAUUGUCUGUGAUGUUCUAGACCAAAAUUUUGAUCUGGAUUUACAAAGUGGGAAAACUGAGCUGGCUGAAGAGAUUAUGGAUGCGUUACGCAUUUUGAAGAAAAAGCCAUUUUUACGAGGUGAAAAGAGAUGUGCAUUUGACAAGGAUACUUUCCUGAAAAAACGACGCAGACGAAAGAAUCCUGCAGAGAUUUGCAGUAACCAGAAUUUCACUACAGCAUCACUUGAGUUGAAAUACCGAAGACGGAAAGAAGUAACAAAAAGGAGGAGGUUGGAUUUAAUGAGAAAAAAAAAAGAAAUGGACAUGUUAUUAGCCAGGGUGUCGAAGGGAGGCGAUUUGCUGGAAGUCAGACAAGUAGAACCUCAUUGGGUCAAGCUAGAGAGCAUCUCUGAUAAGAUUGACCUUGCACUUUGUGCUGAUGAAACGAAGCAAAAUGUUAUCAACUUAGACCAUUCAAAUGUGACGUUUAACACCAAAGAACUGGUGAAAGACUGCUACCCACUCUGUCAUGAAAUAGGUCUGGGCCUUGAUGUUGCAUCCAAACCUGCAUUCACUCACUGUGGUUAUUUUGAAGCUCAAAUCAACCCAACUUCACAGGUGUUUAGCGUAAACCAAACCCAGACCAAUAUUGAAUUGCCAUUGCCUGCUGAAAAUGUUCAUCUAGCAAGAUAUAGUACUGCCGUUCCUUCUGUGCUAACCUCGCCUGCUACAGAAAGCGGAUGUAAUUUAGCUGUAUCUACUAGACCGAGGCCUAUUCUUUCUGACUACUGUGAGCCAUUCAACUUUCCUUCUGAUGAAGACGAAGACUACAAUGGCGAUGGAAGACGAAGACUUCAAUGCCAAAAAACAGUAGAGGAUGAGUAUAUACGGCAGUGUCGUGUCAGUUACUCAAGAAAAACCCCAAGACAUUAUGGAAGGAAUUGGAAAGCUCCAUACAAGAAGUGCAAGGAAAUGGGUGUAGAUUUCAAUGUUGGAUCUGGAGUGAAACAGAAACUUGAUCGUCAUUUACUGACAAAUGGUGUAAUGGUUGAGGUGUCUGAAUAUGCUAGAGAGAUUAAAACAGCUCAACCGCGUGUUAUCUAUGAUAUUCUAGAAUACAACUUUGAUCUUGGUGUUGGUAAUGAAGUACAAUAUACAUUUUCCGUCUGUACUAUGGCAAAACUAAAAGACAUGAAAAAGAAUUACAAGAAGAAACAACCUGGGUGGUUAGCAGAAGUGUUUGAACUUCCUGAUCCAAAGACAAUGAAAGCAAGUAACCGCUCUCUUACAUGGGCAAGGUCCUUUUUGCAUGACAGCGUCUCAGAAAAUCGUACACCCUUUGACAUCUGCAUAAAGGAGGAGCCUGUUGUGGACCUGAUAUCUCCUCCGCAUGUGAAGACUGAAAACCUCUUUACUGAGACAGUUUUAACACGGUGUGCGGAUGAGACCGCACUCUUUGGUCCUGAAAAUGGACCUCAUGAAAUAUGCACAAAGGAUGAGGCUGAUCUGGCUGUGAUCUAUCCUCAACAUGUCCAGACAGAAAGCGUCUUCACUCAGAAAGACAUAAAAAUGGAGGAAUCCUUAAUGAUGCCCACAAUAGAAGAAGCAUUGGAGUACCUCUACCCUCUCUGUAAGGAAAAAGGACUUGACCUGGAUGUGAAAUCUAAAUGUGUGAAAAAGGAGAAACUUGACUUGCAUCUAUUGACCAGAGAUGUAAUGUUUGAAGUGGCUGAUUUUUCUUCAGAAGUGUGUGGAAAUUACAGGCAGAUUGUCUGUGAUGUUCUAGACCAAAAUUUUGAUCUGGAUUUACAAAGUGGGAAAACUGAGCUGGCUCAAGAGAUUAUGGUUGCGUUAAGAGCAGUUUGGCAGAGAAAGACACGUUUACAUGGUCGAUAUAGAUGUGAAUUUUACAAGGAUACUUUCAUGAAAAAACGUCGCAAACAAAGGAAUUCUUCAGAGUUUUCAAAUCACCAGAAGGCCACUACAGUAACACUUGAGCCGAAAUACCAAAGACUGAAAGAAGUAACAAAAAGGAGGAGGUUGGCUUUCAUGAGAAAAAGAAAAGAAAUGGACAUGUUAUUAGCCAGGGUGUCGAAGGGAGGCGAUUUGCUGGAAGUCAGACAAGUAGAACCUCAUUGGGUCAAGCUAGAGAGCAUCUCUGAUAAGAUUGACCUUGCACUUUGUGCUGAUGAAACGAAGCAAAAUGUUACCAACUUAGACCAUUCAAAUGUGACGUUUAACACCAAAGAACUGGUGAAAGACUGCUACCCACUCUGUCAUGAAAUAGGUCUGGGCCUUGAUGUUGCAUCCAAACCUGCAUUCACUCACUGUGGUUAUUUUGAAGCUCAAAUCAACCCAACUUCACAGGUGUUUAGCAUAAACCAAACCCAGACCAAUAUUGAAUUGCCAUUGCCUGCUGAAAAUGUUCAUCUAGCAAGAUAUACUACUGCCGUUCCUUCUGUGCUAACCUCACCUGCUACAGAAAGCGGAUGUAAUUUAGCUGUAUCUACUAGACCGAGGCCUAUUCUUUCAGAUUAUUGUGAACCAUUCAACUUUCCUUCUGAUGAAGACGAAGACUACAAUGGCGAUAGAAGACUAAGACUGCAAUGCCAAAAAGCGGUAGAGGAUAAAUAUAUACGGCAGUGGCGUGUCAGUUACUCAAAACAUAACCCAAGAGAUUGUGGAAAGUAUUGGAAAGCUCCAUACACGAAGUGCAAGGAAAUUGGUGUAGAUUUCAAUGUUGGAUCUGGAGUGAAACAGAAACUUGAUCGUCAUUUACUGACAAAUGGUGUAAUGGUUGAGGUGGCUGAAUAUGCUAAAGCGAUUAAAAGCGCUGAACAGCGUGUUAUCUAUGAUAUUCUAGAAUACAACUUUGAUCUUGGUGUUUGUAAUGAAGUACAAUAUACUUUUUCUGCCCGGAGUAUGGCAAAACUAAAAGACAUGAAAAAGAAUUACAAGAAGAUACAACCUGGGUGGUUAGCAGAAGUGUUUGAACUUCCUGAUCCAAAGACAAUGAAAGCAAGUAACCUCUCUCUUACAUGGGAAAGGUCCAAUUUGCAUGACAGCGUCUCAGAAAAUCGUACACCCUUUGACAUCUGCAUAAAGGAUGAGCCUGUUGUGGACCUGAUAUCUCCUCCGCAUGUGAAGACUGAAAGCCUCUUUACUGAGACAGUUUUAACACGGUGUGCGGAUGAGACCGCACUCUUUGGUCCUGAAAAUGGACCUCAUGAAAUAUGCACAAAGGAUGAGGCUGAUCUAGCUGUGAUCUAUCCUCAACAUGUCCAGACAGAAAGCGUCUUCACUCAGACAGACAUAACAAUGAAGGAAUCCUUAAUGAUGCCUACAUUAGAAGAAGCAUUGGAGUACCUCUACCCUCUCUGUAAGGAAAAAGGACUUGACCUGGAUGUGAAAUCUAAAUGUGUGAAAAAGGAGAAACUUGACUUGCAUCUAUUGACCAGAGAUGUAAUGUUUGAAGUGGCUGAUUUUGCUUCAGAAGUGUGUGGAAAUUACAGGCAGAUUGUCUGUGAUGUUCUAGACCAAAAUUUUGAUCUGGAUUUACAAAGUGGGAAAACUGAGCUGGCUCAAGAGAUUAUGGAUGGGUUAGGAAUGGUUUGGAUGAGAAAGACACAUUUACACGGUCGAAAGAGAUGUGAAUUUUACAAGGAUACUUUCAUGAAAAAACGUUGCAAACAAAAGAAUUCUGCAGAGUUUUCCAAUCACCAGAAGGCCACUACAGUAACACUUGAGCCGAAAUACCAAAGACUGAAAGAAGUAACAAAAAGGAGGAGGUUGGCUUUAAUGAUGAAAAAAAAAAGAAAUGGACAUGUUAAUAGCCAGGGUGUCGAAGGGAGGCGAUUUGCUGGAAGUCAGACAAGUAGAACCUCAUUGGGUCAAGCUAGAGAGCAUCUCUGAUAAGAUUGACCUUGCACUUUGUGCUGAUGAAUCGAAGCGAAAUGUUACCAACUUAGAUAUGUGAAGUUUAACACACAUGGGUGUAAGAGUGCUACCCGAUCUCUCAUGAAAUAGGUCUGGACAUUGAUGUUGCAUCCUAACCUGCAAAAACGAAACUGGAAUUGAAUUUACUGACUAACAGUGUCGUUAUCGAGGUUCAUACAUACUUGCGUAAGAAUCGUUGAGGUAAGAUUGGAAAAGAUGGGUGGAUAUUUUGUUUGCUCUCUGAUAUUCUAGAAUACAAUUUUGAUCGUAGUUUGCAAAAUCAGAGACGUUAUCAAGCUCAAUUAUGUAUUUAGAGUAAAGUGACGGUUCGAAAACACAAACCUGAGCUCUUGGGAAAGGGUCAAAUGUCGAAAGAAAUGUUCAUAAUACCUAAUGUUUAUUUAAAGCCGUGCAACAACAAAAAAAAACAGUGCUUUCAGAUGAUUUACCUAAAGGAAUAUCAAAGAAAUCUCACGGAAAACCAUGGAACAAGAUGCAAGACUGGUAUAUCCUAAUCAUGGCAAACACUAUCGCCACGAAGAGCAUUUAAUCAAAGAUUGUUCAUGGCAUGGCUCAACGCCAAUUGAUAUUCUGACAGGAAAUGUAUUCAACCUCCCAGAAUUGUCACUACGCAUUGCAGAAAAGGGUUCUUUUGAAAGUCAAGUCAACCCAACUUCAGAUAUUUAGCCAAACACCAACUGAACGACAAGAUCAGGCCAACAAUCUCCCAAAACAUGGUACUGCCAUACCUUUUGUUCUAUCCUCAUCUGCUACAGAAAUCGGCUGCAAUGUGGAACUACCUACUAGUCCUCCUCUUCCAGCUAAUUGUGAAUCAUUUGAACUUUCCCUCUGAAGUCUACAAUGUCAAAACUGUAGAGGAUGAAUAUAAACUCAGCAGAAAAAGAAAUGUCCUCUCACUGUCAACUGCAUUUAUUUUCAGCAAACUUAACGUGUAAAUAUAUGUAUGAACAUAAGAUUCAACAACUGAGACAUAAACUGAACAAGUUCCACAGACAUCUGACUAACCGUAAUGGAAUAAUGUGUCCCUGAACAAGGGGGGUCAAAAUCAAAAGUAACAGUCAGUAUCUGGUGUGGCCACCAGCUGCAUUAAGUACUGCAGUAAAUCUCCUCAUGGACUGCACCAGAUUUACCAGUUCUUGCUGUGCGAUACCCCACUCUUCCACCAAGGCACCUGCAAAUUUCCAGACAUUUCUGAGGGGAUUGGCCCUAACCCUUAUCCUCCGAUCCAACAGUUCCCAGACGUGCUCAAUGGGAUUGAGAUCCGGGCUCUUUGCUGGCCAUGGCAGAACACUGACAUUCAUGUCUUGCAGGAAAUCACGCACAGAAUGAGCAGUAUGGCUGGUGGCAUUGUCAUGCUGGAGGGUUAAUACAACUUUGAUCUUCUUUUGCAAAAUGAGUAAUGAUAUGACUUUAAAAAUGGCUAGAAGCAAGAUGCAUUACAAGAGAAGAAAACCUGGGUGGUUAACAGAAGUGUUUGAACUUCCUGAUCCAAAGACAAUGAAAGCAGGACAAUACUCCCUUACGUGGGCAAAAACCUAUUUGCAUAGUGCCUUCGGAAAGUUUUCAGACCCCUUGACUUUUUCCACAUUUUGUUACGUUACAGCCAUAUUGUAACAUUUAUUAAAUUAAACAAUGUCCUUAGCAAUCUGCGUUCAAAAGUGCUACCCACGCUGCAAGGAAAUAGGCCUGGACCUCGUAAUUGCAUCCAAACCUGCAAAAAACAAAACUUACAUUUCAGUUACUGGUAAUGGUGUAAAUAUUUACUAAUAGGAUGUAAAAAGGCUAAAGGAUAUGCGUCUUCUCUCUAUGAUAGCCUAGAAUACAUUUUUGAUCUUAAAGUGGAACUGACAGCGUUUUAGCAAUAUGUAAUCUUAGAUCUGUUCAUAUACAUCCCAGGAAGAUUAUAUAUAUAUAUUUUUACCGUUUUCAGACACGUGAUCACUUUUAGAUAUGGUCGUUUUUAUAAAUUCAUUGAAUGUUUGAGAAUGAAGUAUAGUAAGGCAUUUGUGAAAAUUCUAUAAGAAUAUAGUCAGAGGUGUCCACAUACUUUUGUGUAUGGGAUUUGUGUUAACGGUUAAAUCUUUAAAUAGUGGAUUUUGCAGAUUCCCUUGGCCUCCUGUUGGUUCACUUUUGUUCUUGCUGUGAAGACUGAUUUAUUUCUAGACGUAUUUUUUCUUCCCCAUUAAACGACAUGUUCAUUGACUAGCCUAACUUUUCUACCUUUCAAAGCCUCUGUAGAUGAACCUCCUGAUCUUUUUUGAUGUAAAUAAGGUGAACAAGGAUAUUUUUUCUAAAUAAGAGUAGCCCUAGGCAUUGGUAAAAAAAUCCUAUGGAUAAUCUUUUUCUUUUUGCAAGUUUGUUUUUCAGCCAUUUUUGGAGGUACUUAUCAGUGGGCUAUUUCUAUUUCAUAAAAAAAAAAAAUUGAGGAAAGAUUAAGAAAGACACUGCAUCAAGACUUGCUUUGCAGUUACCCAUACUUUUCUAUUCUAAGGUCAACUAUGAAGUGAAAGUAUUUUUAUUUUUAAGGACACUUUCAUUGACAUUCUCAGGUGUUCCUCUGACAUCUGUGGCAUUACAAGGUAUGCAAGUAAAUGUGUGACUGAGAUGCACAUUGCAGCUUUUUCUACUGCUUGCCAUUCAAACUUUAAAACUUGCAAACCGGUCUAUCCGGGAUCCUUGAGACAUCGCUACCGCAUUGUUUUGAAACACCAUGGAAACACUAAGAAUGUACAGCAGCUUUUUUUUAAUGUCUACUUGGCAUUUUCUUUGUUGGACUUUUUGUCACCUUUUUUAGACAAAUGAGUGGAUUGUCUUUGUUUAUAUUUUAAUGAAUAAAUAUCUACUUUUUUUGUCAUUUAGACACUUAUCCAAGUGCUUACAGGUUCGUGGAUGUUUUUGUGAUAUACAUUUUUCUGAGCAGAUGUUAGUUUCAGCCAUUUUUGGAGGCUGAUUUAUUUUAUUUUUUUCCUUUUUUUUCUUGGGAGGAUUAACACACGUUUUUGAAAGUCUUCAUACUUCUCCCAUUUGUGGACUGCUUAAAAGGAGUUUCUUUCUGGCAUACUUUGGAGUGUCUUUGGAACAAAGGGUGCUGCGUCUCUGUGUCAACCGGCUGAGCAUGCGCCCCAAAAGCAGAAUGGUCUUUCCGUCCUUUCUGCCAUGUUUGACAGAACUCUUCAGAAACUACCAUGGUGGUUUCCAGCUUCAGCCAGCCCAGGACUUUAAGAUAGACCGUCUGUCUGGCCUCUCUUAGGUCUCCUGCAACAAACACCACACCUUCCGCUCAUGAUCCCCUCACCGCUCAAAUGGCUCCUCGCCAAGUCCCCACACACCACCCUACGCCAACGCCAACCGAUCUAUUCCCCACGUAGUGAGAAUGGUACGCCCCGGCUCUAUGAUUAGACCUCAUUGCUGUCGGAAGAUACCACUCCAGAGCGGGGGUGGUCGCCUGUGAGGAAUGGACACAGCGGGAGGGGCAAAAUGGACCAAUGGGAGUGCAGUGCUGAGAGGGGAGGUAGGAACACUCAACCCCUCCCCCUGAGCCCCCUCCGCAGGACUGAACCCUCUCGACAGGGAGGGAGAGGGGGGACUGGGACAGACAGGGAAGGGGAAACAAGUGAACAGAUAUUCGCCAGGACAGUCGCAGAAUGGUCACCAUGGAAACAUACCACCUGUACCAGUUCAGGACAUGAGAUCGCCACGUUGACCAUCUUUAAGACGAAACAGUCUCUGGGUGAGUAUGCCCAUCAGUCAGCCGCCCACUAAUCAGUAGCCUAGUACCCGGCCCCACCAGUAGAGGUAUCAGUAUCUCAGGUGGGAUGGAGAAUGAGAUGAUGUUUCCAGGAGGAGCUGCCUCUACCAGUGACGCUCUGAUGGCGAGGUAUGAGCUGGUUUCAGUGGACGGUGAGUCUCUGCAGCGUGUGACCCAUCCGCAUGCAGUGUUCAGCAACAAGGCCAAUGACCCAGUGGUGUUCGUCAAGAUUUUCAAGGGAACAGCUGACUUGCAUCAGAGGAAUCCACUGUCAGGCUUACACAAGUACUACACACAGUAUUUUUAUUGAACCUUUAUUUAACUAGGCAAGUCAGUUACAAUGACGGCCUACAGCGGCCAAACCCGGAAGACGCUAGGCCAAUUGUGCGCCGCCCUAUGGGACUCCCAAUCACAAACAUAUGUGAUGCAUUCUGGAUUCGAACCAGAGACUGUAGUGACGGCUCUUGCACUGAGAUGUAGUGCCUUAGACCGCUGCCCCACUCGGGAGCCCAGUACUACUGGCCUGUCUACAAGGAUGCUCUGAGGUGCAGUUCACCCAUCCACUGGAAAUUAUCUGAAAUGGUGUUCAAACCAGAACACAUGUCGACUUAAAGAGGAGGAGAUGGCUCGCUCCAGCUAGGCUGUAAUGGAAGGGAAUGGUCUAUUCUCAGAGGAGAGCAGCAUGGGUACCUCGACACUGACCAAUAAGCUUGCUUCUCCUCUAGGGCAAAAAGGAUAAUGGUUGUUUCCAUAGCAAACAGGAAAUACUGCCAAAAUUAAAAUGUUUUUACAUUUUGUUGUAACUGCAGUCGACAUGUGGGACUACUGUGCUUGCUUUGUGUAUAACAAUAAUGUGAUAAAUACUAUUUAUCAAAGAUGGA